CUCCCUUUAAGGUCCGAGAAGGCCUCUCCAUCGUCUCUUAGCCCUUUACAGGGCUCUCUAUCCCCGAAAACCCUAAAAGAUGGCACAUGAAUCAGAAGCCCCUGAAGCCGCGCAUUCUUCUUCGCAAUCAGAUCCGUCGCUGUCCCGAAACGUUUCGUUUAGCCGACUCAACGCGCAGGCACCGGAGUUCGUCCCCACGCCUCGGCCUUCCGCUCAGCCGCCGCCCCGCCUUCUGGUCCCGCCUCCUCCUCCGCCGCCGCCCUUUCAUCAUCACGUUCCGAUUCAGGCUCACGUGAUCCCCGUUCACCAUCCUCAUCCUCACCAUGUUCCGGUUCCGGUUCAGUUCCAGCCUCAUCCUCAUCAUUCGCAUCAUCAUCAUAAUCAUCAUCAGUACUAUGACCAAGAGGUGCCUCCGCAAGCUCAGAUUGAGUCCGAUCACGCUCCCGCUUCUUCCAACAAAAACAACAAGCUCUCCGAAGAGGCUGCUCUCAAGGUCUUGAAUCAGGUGGAGUAUUAUUUCAGUGACGUAAACUUGGCUACUACUGAUCAUUUGAUGAGGUUCAUCAACAAAGAUCCUGACGGAUUUGUGCCUAUAUCUGUUGUUGCAUCUUUCAAGAAGAUUAAGGCCCUCAUAAAUAGUCAUUCCCAGCUGGCGACUGUUUUGCGGAGCUCAUCAAAGCUUGUAGUCAGUGAAGAUGGAAAGAAAGUUAAACGCCAGCAUCCCUUGACUGAGUUGGACAUGGAGGAGUUGCAAUCUCGCAUAAUUGUUGCGGAAAACUUGCCUGAGGAUCAUUGCCACCAAAAUCUUAUGAAAGUUUUCUCUGCCGUGGGAAGUGUCAAGACAAUUCGUACCUGUCAGCCUCAAACCUCCAAUGGUGGAGCUUCUUCAACAUCCAGAUCAGUAAAAUCUGAUGGUAUGCUUUUCAGUAACAAGUGGCAUGCUUUUGUGGAAUAUGAAUCUGUUGAGCUGGCUGAGAAAGCAGUUACAGAGCUAAAUGAUGAGGGUAACUGGAGGAGUGGCCUUAGGGUCCGCUUAAUGCUUAGACGCUCGUCGAAACCUUCUUCAGCGCGAGGGAAAAAAGGGCAUGAUGGGGAAGUGAACUUUGAGGAAGAUGAUACUUCUACGUCUGAUCAGCAGCAAAAUGAGAAACAAUUGGAGUAUCCUUAUCAGCAGUCUGAUGCCCAUGCAUUUGAAUAUACAGGGGAGGAGCAUGUCAAUGAGAAGGAUGGUGGACAGAGGAGAAAUCGUAGCCGUGGCCGGGGCAAGGGACGCGGGCGGGGUCAACACCACAACAAUAAUCGAGGAAAUCAUGUGGGAACUCCCCCUUCAAGUAUUACAUGCAAUAAUGAGCUGCCAACAGUAGCCAAGCAGCCUCCAGGGCCCCGAAUGCCAGACGGCACAAGAGGAUUUUCAAUGGGUAGGGGAAAGCCAGUUGCUGUGAAUAUUGCAUAAUCCCUUGGCAUUCUACAUAUAUUACAGGGUUUCCUUGUAGCUUUGCCUGCAAAGUGUGUUUGGAUGGGGAACUGUCUUCCUGUGUGGCGUUGAUGGCAGGGUUUUACAAAGGGCUGUCAAUCCAUUGUAGUUUCAAAGAGGGGUCAAGUUAGCCGUAUAAGUUGAGUACUUCAUUCCGUUUGCUUAUGUAAUCCAGUAAGAGUGAUUAAGAAACAAAAUGCUGUUUUUUUUUUUUUUUUUUUGGAAAUGUAGAAAGAAGGGUGGAAAAAAAAAGUGGGGAGUCAGCAAUACCUAUAGGUAAAUGUGAGUGAAGAAGAAAGGAGAUUGCAAUAUAGAACUGUUCAUUACAUCUCUA